AAUCAAUUAAUUCUCAAUGGCAGAGAUAAAAUAACAGUGCUCAUAUUUUCUCUAAAAAAUGGCUUCUUCUGUGAAGGAUCAGAAUUUUAAAGUAAAGAACAAAAAGUUCAAGGCCAAGAGCCAAAAAGUGAAGCUUUUUCGUUCGAACGAGCCGCUAUAUAGUGUGUUUAUGUGGGGUGUGAAUCAUGCGGUAAGUAGCGAUAAACAUAUUUCGUGAUUUUUUCCUGUUGACAAAAGAUUUUGACUUAAAAUGGUAUUUUAUGCUUGCAGAUUAAUGAACUGAGUCUAGUUCAAGUACCUCCAAUGUUUUUACCAGAAGAUUUCAAAGCUUACUCGAAAAUUCGAGUGGACAAUCAUCUGUUCAACAGGUAGGCGACUCCGACGACUCUGUUUGACUGUUGUCUUGUGUUGUCAAAAUUCAUUUCCGAAUUUUUCGAGUGCAGUAUAUAGUCGAGAUUAUUUUCAACAUUAGUAAAAAAAGCUAAAUAGAGCCGUGGUAUAUUGAAUGAAUAGUUUUUAUGCUACACUGAGUGAAUAACAAUGUAAAAUAGUGCGAUACUCGUGCUGGAAGACGCUUUGCGAAGUCGAGCGUUUCAAGCCGGAAUCCGGGCCAGGUGUCUGUGUGAUUAUAGUAAUGCCUGCAUUGUCUAAAUUUAAUGUCUGAAUGACGUUUUUGGUAAAACACAAAACCUUUGAUGUAUUAUUACUGUAUUUAAUGUAUAUUCUGUGUAUUUCAUAUUUAAAUACAAGCGACAAAAACGUUUAAGCAUUAUGUAUGAAACUUUAAUACAUUAUACAGGUUUUUGUAUACAGGUUUUUAGUUUCAAAAUACACAAACCCCUUUUUUGUAAAGUUUACAAUCUCUAGGGUAAAUGUGUGGAAAAACUACUUUAUUUACAGCAGAUUUAUGAGGAUUUUACUUACAUAGAAUAAAACACAAUAGGAAGUUUAAAUUGUACUUGAGAUUUGACGCUGAUGUCUUCAAUUAUUAAUGACAUUUCUCGCCAGUAAGUCAAGUUCAUCAGAAGUUUGGUCAAAAUAGUGUUAGGUUUAGAUUUAUUUACACUAUGCUAAGGUCAAAAUAGUUUUUCACUUUUUUCACUUCUCAUUUUUCUUUGAAUAUGUACAUAAUAUAUGCAUAAUAAUACAUGCAGAAAUACAAGAACAAGGUUGAUUGUAUAUGAGUAAGUCAAGGUCAACAACGAGCCUUAUUUCAAUACACAUUACUUAUUAAUCAUUCAAUCUCAAUCUGGCCAAUCAUCUUUACUUGCAAAGUGGAACCAUGCAUAAAACAUGAACCCUUAAAGAAUCACAGUCAACCGUGAUGCUUCGCGCGCCAUGUGAAUGUUUACAUAUAUGGGGAGCUAAAAAUAGUGUUGUCUUCGAAAAUAAUCAUAGACUAAAAAUGAUAUACAUUAGCUUUGUUAUAAACAAAAAACUUUAAUACAUUUACCCGCUGGUGUUUACUAUGAAAUACUGCCCCAUUGCCUGCUAUGUUUACAUAGUUCGUCCAUGCUUUGAUGGAGCAGGAUUUCGGCAAACUCGCUAUGUGAAAGCCCCCAUAUUCCCAGGAACUCGCUAUGCAAACUGAAAAGCCCCCGUAUUCCUAGGAACUCGCUAUGCAAAAGCCCCCGUAUUCCCAGGGCCUCGCUAUGCGAAAGCCCCCAUAUUCCCAGGAACUCGCUAUGCGAAAGCCCCCGUAUUCCCAGGGCCUUGCUAUGCGAAAGCCCCCAUAUUCCCAGGAACUCGCUAUGCGAAAGCCCCCGUAUUCCCAGGCUUUCUUUUCUUUCUUUCCAAAGGACGUACGUUGAACUUGUCAACAAUAUUCUUUUUGAUAUACCCUCACUUGUUGGUCUUCCAUGAACCGGAAAUACAGAAGCCAUGAUUAGCCAUCUACUUUAUAAAACGAGAAAACUUUCUAAAAUCAUUGGUUAAGAUAAAAACACAUGCCAAAGUCUCAAUCAAUGAUCUAUUAACAUAUUCCAACUAUGAAAAAUAUGACAUCUAAGAAUAAUGCAGAUUGCUAAGGAUACGCUUCAGAUGUCACUAAUCGUCACUAAAGUGGCUAAUAAAAUGGCGGAAUACAAAACAAUCAAAAUAAUUUAGCGUGCCAGGCAUCACGGUUGACUGUGAUUCUUUAAAGUGCUGAUUUUGUUGGGAAAAAGUUGCUAAUUGACAGACCUGUAGGAUCUAACGCCACACACUAAAUAUAUAUAUAUAUAUAUAUACUAUAUAUUCGGAUCACAUUAGAUAAGCAACAACUUCAAACCUUCUACUAAUUUAAUUAUUUUACAUUUGUAAUUGUACUUGUAUUUAAUAACAAUUAUAACACAAUUUUUUUCCUUCAGAGAGAAAUUCCCUUCUCAUUUUAAAUUCAAAGAAUAUUGUCCCCUGGUAUUUAGGAAGCUGCGUGAUUGUUUCAACAUUGAUGAUCUGGCUUUUGCAGUAAGUGUCUAUGCUUCAGUGCCAAGAAUAGCUUUAUGUUACUAAUUAAACAUUUAAACUUUGGUGAUCAUAGUUGUAAUGGUGCGACAAUUCAUGAUUUUUGGUACUCCACUGAUUAUUACCGUGUACUUGAGCUGGUGCACACUUACAGUAAGACUCAAGGUGUACUUAGUCAUUAAAUGAAGUACAGUCCAAUCAGUCCAAGAAUUUUCAUGCCAAGACAUGUCAGAUGUGCUCAUAUACCAGCUUAAUUAUGGUUGAAUACAUUGGGUUUGGUAAGGUCAUGUGUUUAUUUGGUUUGGUACGCCAAUAUUACGUACCAAACCGUAAUAUUGGCGUACUGUACCUCCGGUACGUAAGUAUUCAAAUUAUCGCACCCUGGUUGUUAUCAUGAUAAACAAAUUAAACUAUGCACUUUCACAUAUUUAACAUUUUCAAACAACAUGAAAAUCACUUUAAAAAUGUGUGUUUUGGGGGAUGCCAAAAUUAUAUAUUUUAUGGUUAUUAUUGCAUUUGCACAUGGAAGUCUGACCGAGUCAAAUACCCCUGUCAUACUAUGAUUUUUCAUGAAAAUGCACUCUUCAUGUUCCAUGUCUCAUGUUCCAAGCCAGUGCACUUGCAAGAGGCACUCAUGGACUCACCCUUCUGAAUGUCUGCCAUUUUCAAUGUUUUCAGGGGGUGAAUGCCUCUUGUACUGUAAGUGUAUUGGCCCCAGCUGACAGUAUUGUGAUGGUUACACCAAAAUCAUAGGCAAAACCAAGAAGACAGACUUUGUGUGUCUCUAUUUUGUGCUAAUAAGGUCAAAUUUUUAUAUGCUUACAAUUUGGAAAUGCACUAUCCAGUGGUACUGUACAUUUGAUCUGAUGUGUCACUUGCCAAGGCAUGUGUUGGAAAACCUGUGUCUGUUGGCCUGAAAAAUUAAUAUUCUCAGAAUUUUCAAUUGCCUUUUUCAAAUGUUCCUAAAAGGUUUAGAAAUAUACAAUUACUUUAUGGUUUCCGUGUUUGGAUGGCCUGAUCCAAACACGCGGGAAUGUUGCGAGAGUUAAGAAAAGCGUGCGAAAGCACGAGCCGAAUGUUUUAUAAAAUAACAGCAACACGAUAGUCUUCCGUGUUUGGAUGGCCUGAUCCAAACACGCGGGAAUGUUGCGAGAGUUAAGAAAAGCGUGCGAAAGCACGAGCCGAAUGUUUUAUAAAAUAACAGCAACACGAUAGUCUUCCGUGUUUGGAUGGCCUGAUCCAAACACAGGUUUAGACCAAUCAGAGCACACGUUAUAUACAUGUUAUUUUAUAAUGGAAAUUUCAACAAUACUCAUUCUGCAUGUGUGCAAUGUAAGAUUAAAGAUUUUACCUUGGAGGGAAAAAUUGAAAAUGUCCCUCAAUCUUGUUGCUGAGGCAAAUAUUCCUAAUCAUGCAUCGCAAGAUUGAGGGACAUUUUCAAGGAGUUCCUUAUAUAGGGUUAAUCUCUGGCUGCUCCUGCAAGGCCUUUGUGUGUAAACAUCAUUCUACCUUGAAUAAAUUUAUUGAUUGAUUGAUUUUUUUCCUUGCUUUAGCGUUCAUUCUGUAUACCACCAUCGAGAAGUUCAUCAUCAGGAAGAAGUGGUGCAUGUUUUCUAACCUCCAGAAAUAAGAAAUUCCUCGCCAAAACUCUUUAUAAAGAAGAAGUUGAAAUGAUGCAUCAAAUAUUGCCAAAAUACUAUCAGGUACCAUCUUUAUUAUUGCCCUACAGUGGUACAAAGUUGUGUAAUAUAUCAGAAGUACGAAAGCUGCAGAUUGAUAGAGAUACAACUACCUGUAAAAUGGAGAACUUCAUGUUCAAUAUUAAUUAAAGGCCCAUUUCCACUCAGGAAAAUUUUCCGCAGAAAGAAAAUUUUGUAAAAUGUGAUUGGCCGACACAAAAAAAUUUUGAAGUUGAAAAUUUUCAACUUUUAACAAUGAUAUUUUCAGAAAAUUUUCUGUCCGUGAAAAUUUUUCUUGAGUGGAAAUGGGCCUUAAGAUUAUAUCAGAAGUUAAGAUUAUAUCACCAGUCAAGAUUUUAUCGGAACAUUUUAAUCUACAAUUAGGGAACUCUUGAGGGGUGCACAAAUUUAUGUCUCCAACCCUUUUGUUGCUCUAAGUUUCAUCCUGUGUACCGUUUUAGACUAUGAGGUUUUGAAUCUGAAAACCUAUUGUUAUACAGCUUACUUGCUGUGUACACCAGAGUAGGGUGAUGCGGUUUUUCGGUAAACCGGAAAAAAAGAUUUUUUUUUAAAACCGAAUUACUCGAUGUUACUUUUGGAGAAAAACCGGAAAACCGGAAAAACCGAAAAAAGCCCGCUGCAUCCCCGCGUAGCCGUCUAUCCAAAGAGAUUGACCGCUAUAUCUCGGCAUUCCCAGUGAUAGACGGAGAUGACGAUCCACUUCAAUGGUAAUUAAAUGCAAAGGAACUACCGUUGCUCUGCCAGUUAUCGAGAAGGUAUCUUGCCAUCCAAGCAAGCAGUUCGCCGUCGGAGAGACUUUUCAGUAAAGCGGGGCAAGUUAGCACGCCGGCACGAGCACAACUUAAACCGGAGAAAGUUGACAAACUUGUGUUCCUGGCGGAGAACUUAUAGUGGUUUACGCAAUAUUUCAAUAUUUGUACAUAGUUUAUUGUAAAAAUUAUAUCUCUACACUGCAUGUUCCUUUUAUACUUCGUAGCAAGGGUUAAUAUAAUUGUUUUUUAAACCGAAGUCUUGCGUGAGUACUGAGUAGCGUGUUGUGUCUUUUUUACCUUAGUUUCGAUUUUCGAACGUAUUUUUUUAAAAAACCGGUUCACUCGGUUUUUUCGUUUUUUUUUGGGCGGUUUUCGGUUUUUUGUAGAAACCGCCUCACCCUACACCAGAGUUAGUUAACUAAAUUUCCAGAGACUUCAAGAAUUGGAGUGCAGUUAAUCCCCCCUUUGCUCCUUCUAGUGUCUGCCACCAAAACAACUCUUUACCUUUUUUUACCCAGUUUGUGGUCGAAAGAAAAACCAACACGUUACUCCCUCAUUACGUGGGCAUGUAUCGUGUAACUGUGGAAAACAAAGAAACAUAUUUUGUUGUGAUGGAAAAUAUUUUUGGAGGACUAAAGAUCCACAAAAAAUAUGAUCUCAAGGGAUCAACAGUUGACAGGCAGGUUAAAACGAAAGAAAAAGAAAAGGACAAAGAAAAGUCACGUCGGAAGGUAAACUUAGAGUUUUGUUAGGAUAUUUUGGAGUUUAAAAUGGUGUGGUAGGGAAGUGUCGCAUAACAUUAACAAGCUACAUAUCCUUGUUCAUGCUUUUUAUUGUGUUAUGAAAAUAUAUGACACACCACGUGUUUGUUGUAUUACUUUGCCAGGUUCUAACAAGAAAAAUGCCUUCUAUGUCAAAAACUAAGCUCAAUGGAAAUUUUGAAGGGACAAUUGACUUUGAAAACUGUUUUUUACUAUAGGAGGGGAAAUAACCUCCUCCCCCCCCCCCUCACACACUCCAAACACCAACAAACCUGAUAUCAAACGUUUACUGAUUCAAGAUUCAGAUAAUGUGUGGAAAGUAAUCAAUUUAUGAAAUUAAAAAAAAUAUGUCCUAGUGUAGGCACAGUACAACUUUUUGUAAAUACAAAGUAUGAUGUACUAUACUGUGCUUUUCGGCCAACGUGAUUAGUUAUUGUUGUUAGGCACAGUCACUGAUCUAAUGGGUACAGUAGUCCGCUUUUAAUACUAAAUCUCUGUUGAAGGGCUUUUGAUAUAUUAUUAACCAAUUCCUUUGAUUGUAUAAGAUUACAAUAAAGUCAAUUUUUUGUCCUUAGGUUGAACGAUCGCUUACAUGGAAAGAUCAAGAUUUCUUAGCCGACGGUAUAAAAAUUUAUCUUGGGGAGGACAGUAAGAAAGAUUUCAUGGAAAAGCUCAGAGAAGAUACUGAU